AUGGAGAGCAGCCUCCCUGUUCCCAGCAGGGCAAGCUCCGCCGAAGAUUCCCAUGGCUCGGGCGAGGGACGCGUCCGCAAAUUCCAGCGGACGGCCGCCGUCGACAAUGCACGCCGGAAAUCGAGCGCCCCAAACGUGACCUCUGCUCCGCGACCGCCGCCCGCCGACAACAAGUCCAGCUUCAGGGGAAGACGGCAAUCCGUGCGAGAACACAAGGCUCCCCUCGGCCCCAGACCGUAUGAGAAGCAGAGAGUAACGAGCAAUGCGAGCGUUGCGAGUGCCGCCGAUCCCAAUCGCUCCUUCCCUGCCAUGAGCGAGCCCAACUUCGCUUCCUCCCGAUUCAGCUUCAGCAAGCAGGCGCAGCCGCCGCCGGAUGCUUCUGUCGACACGAGCGAGCACAUCGGCUUCAUCCCAGAGGUCACCUUCGAUGACUUCGCAAACAGCCUUGCCUACGAGCCUGCGCUCAGCAAUUUCCCCGCUCCUCCCGACUCGUCCGCCCACAUGUCCACCCAGCCGCAAUCGCAACCGCACCACGCUUCAAAGCAGCGGGGCAACACAGCGUCAAACGCUCCUUCCUCGGCAUUCACAGGCAGCACGGCCGAAAGCCGUCCAGCGCGCAGUGCUUCGUUGCUCCGUCGCUUCAGCCAGUCCAGGGGCAACGCAGCCUCCAACAACGCCCCGCAGGACGUCUCCUCAAUCCCACCGCCCGCGACCAACAUGUCGAUCCGAACGCGCCGCCAGAGUCAGUUUCCUUCACAGGCGCCUCCGAAUCCUGCUGCACGUGCUCCACGAAAGUCUGUGGGACCGGGAAUGCUGCCGACGACUGGCUUGGACAAUCGGCAGGAGCUCCCGAAGCUGACGACUGACAACACACAAAGCCGUAUCGGCCGUACGCCGUCAUUUGGCCAGGGCAAUCGCCGCGGGACGAUGCCACCCAGCGCGCACUCUACAACAGACGCACCAAAAGUACCGAAUGCAGUACGGUCGACCAAGGCUAAGUCCCUGCAAGCGCCUUCUAGACAGCAGACGGGCAAUUUGGGAUCGUCUAUAGCAUCCGAGCAGGCUUCUCUUCACAUUGGCCAGGCUCGAUCGCCGGGCAGGACCACCGGGAGGACGCAAACACCCUCAUCCUCCGCGAGCAAACGACAGUCGACCAUGCACCAUGUCACCGGGCUAGGAGCGAGGACGAUCAGCCCCACCGAUGCGCGGAGGCUGAAGAGGCUCUCCAUGAACCCCAACCCGCCAGGCGGCCCUAUAAGUCCGCCUACGCCUCAGGCUGAGUUUUCAUUUGAUGAACGCUCUUUCAACCAAUCGCCAGCCAUGAUCUUUAGAAAGAGUGUGACGCCUUCCUCUGCGCGAGGUACUCCGGACCAAAAUCGCAAAUCGUACGCUUCGGGUAUCUCGUUGUCUUCGAACUCAAGCAUUAAUUCGUUAAGACUAGCAAAUACGUCUUUACAGCCACGGGCGAAUCUCGCUUUCUCGGGGUCCCGAUUGCCCACUCCAAAACCGAGAAAUGUCCACAGCUCUGCUGGUGGAGACGAAGAAGAGGUACCACCGGUUCCAGCAAUUCCGAAGGCUUAUGAAUCUCCAAAAGAUCCCGAACGCAGUAGCUUCUCCUUCUCAACGUCAGCUUUGAAGCCCAAUGUACCCCCAAUGCCAUCUCACGAACGCACCGCGACAGAGGACGUUAGUGCGGCAGAGAUACAGCACAUCGAGGCCUUGGGCAUCGAUCCCACCAAAACGGAUCCUCCGAAGAAGAGCAAGGGCACGAUUCGGCAUAGGAGAGGGCUGACUGUGGGUUCUGGCUCAGAUGCCGACAAAACGCCGGCGAUACAGACCAACAAGAAAAAUCUUCAGCCGCUCAGACUACCUCCUUUAAACUUGCUACCGCUUGGCACGCCAUUCAACAACAGGAUAUCAUCUUUUCCCGCUCCUUCGGCUGAAGUUGACGACCGUAACACCACGCCUCCACCUAAACGUGCUUCCAAUAAGACGCCUAGCACGCCCAUGACAGCCUCGAAAGCCAGCUUCUUUUCGAAAAGCCGGAAUCAAGACCAAUAUGAUGGUAGCAAGCAUCUUCGGAGCAGCAGUUCGGCCUUUAACCUGCGACCCAAUGACUCUUCGCUGCACAGCGUAGCACCCAUGCCUAUUCCUACCCUUAACCCCAGCCGACAAAUAACGACGCCUUUUUCUUCUAAUUCGUUACCGAAGGGAAGUGGGGAAUUUGCUCACUUGUACUCUCGACCGUCUGGCGAAUACAAGCUUAGCGAUACGGACGUGGAAAUGCAAAGCAUAAAGGUGAAUGGUCCACGCUCACUCGCGAAGAAAGAUGCAUCCGACUCAGCACAUACGUCGACUUCGACAGAGCCGGAAACGCCUUCGUCUGGUUCGUCUUUGCGACGGAAGCUUAGCUUGAGCGGCUGGCGUCGAGCUUCAUCCAAGGCAGCAACGCAUAGCUCCUAUCCUUCCCAAACGCGGAACGUCGUUCAAAAGAACAGCGAAGAACAGCCACCACAACCGCCGAAACAUGGCGACAUGCCCCCACCGCGGCUGCCAGCAUCAGCGACCUGGAGCGGCUCGCUUGGAACGAGCCCUACCCCUCCAAAUCGCGCCCGGCCUUCUCUGGAUUUCGGCCGCCGUAAGCCUUCUACGGCAACAGUAGCAAGCGAGGUGGCUAGCGACACUGAGGCUCAAAAGCCCAACAGCCAUAGGUCUAAGGCCAGCAUGACCGUUCGUGUUCCCUCUGGAUAUACAGACGGCGGCCAACCGACUCCCAAAACCAGUAGCUCAAUAUUGACGCCGAUGCAGAGGAUGCUUGGUUCUAAGAGCUCCACCAACAUGCUGAAAGCCCGCAAUCUUGAUCCGAACCUAGACAGAGACGACUUCGCGGCCGAUGAGGAAAUGAAGAAGCUUGCUUCCAAACGAAAAGACUUUGAGCAUGCAGCGCGCGAUGUAGAUGAUCUUCGGAAAAGGGCUCGGCCGCAGGAGCGGGUCACCGCCGCCCAAGCGCUGCAGAUGGUCAAUCUGAAUAUAUUUGAAAGAGGCGAGAUCAUCGACUACAAGGAGAUCUAUUUCUGCGGCACCAAGAGCGCAAAGAAGCACGUUGGUGACUUGAAUGCCACGACAGCAAACUUCGGGUAUGAUGAUGAUCGCGGGGACUAUAACAUCGUCUUGGGUGAUCAUCUGGCUUACCGCUACGAAGUCGUGGACAUCCUCGGCAAGGGUAGUUUCGGACAGGUCGUGCGAUGCGUGGACCACAAAACAGGCGCGCUCGUAGCAGUGAAGAUCAUUCGCAAUAAGAAGCGCUUCCACCAACAAGCUUUGGUAGAGGUCAAUAUCCUGCAGAAGCUUCGCGAAUGGGAUCCGGAAAACAAGCACAGCAUGAUCAAUUUCACGCAAAGCUUCUACUUCCGCGGCCAUCUCUGCAUAUCUACGGAGCUUCUGGGCAUGAAUCUGUACGAGUUUAUCAAGGCCCACGAGUUCAAAGGCUUCUCCCUUCGCCUUAUCCGACGCUUCUGCAAGCAAAUGCUUAGCUCACUGGUCCUUCUGAAGAGCCAUCGGGUCAUUCACUGCGACCUAAAGCCCGAAAACAUCUUACUUGCGCAUCCUCUACAUUCAGAGAUCAAGGUUAUCGACUUCGGCUCCAGCUGCUUCGAAAACGAGAAAGUCUACACCUACAUCCAAUCGCGAUUCUACCGGUCACCGGAAGUCAUUUUGGGUAUGAGCUACGGCUUGCCGAUUGACAUGUGGAGCUUGGGUUGCAUCCUGGCGGAGCUCCUCACUGGCUAUCCCAUCUUCCCUGGGGAGAACGAGCAAGAGCAGCUGGCAUGCAUAAUGGAGAUCUUCGGACCACCGGAGAAGCAUCUGAUCGAGAAGAGCAGCAGAAAGAAGUUAUUUUUCGACUCCAUGGGCAAGCCAAGGGUGACGGUUUCCACGAAAGGUCGUCGACGGAGACCCAGCUCAAAGACUUUGCAACAAGCGCUCAAGUGCGAUGACGAGGCCUUCCUGGAUUUCAUCACGCGAUGCCUUCGAUGGGAUCCAGAGCGCCGCAUGAAGCCGGACGAAGCCAUGCUCCACGAAUUCAUCACAGGAGUUAAGAGGGCUCCGCGACCACGUCCGCAGCUCAACGGCGCGUCGAGUGUCUCUUCGCCUGUAAAACGCGUCCCUCCCUCCCAGACGCCCGCGCAGCGUGUACGGCCUCUUCCGGAGCCGCCUGCGACUAGCUUCAAGAACGGUACAGCAGUUAGCUCGAAUCGAGAAGUGUCAGGCAGUUCCCCUGUGAAAACAGGGCCUAGGCGCCAUUCAACCGUUCAAGGUGCGCCCGGGGCAACGGGGGUCAAGCGAACGGCGAACGGGGCCCCGCUGAACGCCACAAGCAGCCUUCCACGGGCUGCUGCUCAACGGAGCGCGUCCGGAAAGCCUGAUCUGGCUUCAGCGGCGGCGAUUGCUAGUCUUGUGAGUCCCGGAUGCUGA